AUCGACCUCAUUGAACGCCUCCUCGUCGAAGACCCCGCCAAACGCUUUUGCAUGCAGCAAGUGCUCUCACAUCCGUUUCUGGCGCGUCCGAAAUCGCCGCCGUCGCCGACCCAAGACCGCAUCAAGAAGCGCGUGCGCGUCCAGAACUUUUUUCGACGCCUCUUUCGUGGCAAGCGCGGUGGCUCGUCGCUCGACUUGCUCACCAAUAGCCAGUGGCACUAG